CACUCUUUGUAUUAGAAACAUUGUUGUUUUGAUUAAGAAUCUGAACAGCGGAUAUUUUUCAUUCGAAUGUAUUGAUCAUCCGCAUAGCUGUCAUUACCUUGGUUCUUUUUUUAAAAGUCAUCGUGUUUCUACUCAGAAAGGCAAACCACAGGCUACCCUUCUCCCAUUGUAAUUAUUUAUUCUCUGGGUCUUCCCCGAAAGCCGUAUUUACUUUUUUUGUUCCAACGCCUCUCCUCACACACACAUUUUCUCCAGUAGGACCGAGCAUCUCCUUUUCUUCCUUCUUUCUUUCUUUCUUUAUUUCCUCUUUACCCCAUCUAACGCAUGCAGCUUACAAACAAAGGCCAUGAGCCUUCUACCCAGCAGCAGCAGCAGGACAGUAAACAUCGCAGGUCGAUCAAACAGUCUACAGUGGCAGAGAGUCUGUUGAGUGACACGUUGUUUCCUCCGAGGAAGCCAAAGCCGGCUCGUAUGAUCUACGAUGACACUUUCGAUAGUGACAAUGAACAAUCCGAAGACAGUGACAAGGAUCCUGUUAAGAAGGAUCCGUUGGCUACGCAAGUAUGGAGAAUGUAUACCAAAGCAAAGGACAAUCUACCCAACGGCUCCAGACUGGAAAAUUUAACGUGGAGAAUGAUGGCUAUGACUUUGAAAAAAAAGGAACGAGAAGCAGCAGCCUCUUCCACCGUAUCGUCUCCACAAAGCGAUGUCGUCGAUGAUAGAAUCCGGCAUACUUCUCAACCUCCUUCCACCUUCAAGUAUCAUGAAGACGACUACCACCAUCCUAUGGCUUUGGACCAUGACGUCGCAGCCAAGAAAGAUAAAAAUACCAUGCAGCAGUCAGAAGCCCUUGUGCAGUCGCAAUACCGAGGUGCAACGGGUACUGACCCACCCGAGUCCGAUGAUACCACUGCUCUCUUAUCAUCAUCAGCUCCUCCGUACAUGUUUGAUUUCUUGAACAGCAACCCCGCUUUAACCAAUAGAACCGCCACCCAGCCAGAUUCCGGAGCCAGCAAUACUUUGGUUUCCGGCAGUACCAGAGCCUUGUUACCUGGAAAGUCUACUGGCGCCAUGUCGAACCGUGGCGGUCUACACCAACAUACGGUGAGUUUCAUCGUGCCUUGAUGUUCUUUGUUUUGUGCGCGCCCUCAAUUAAUCAAUGGCAUUUUUACCCCUUUCUCAAACGUAACCAAUCUUAGCCCACUAAAC